GAGCAGCAUGUUGGGAUCAUUGGUAGGGAUAAUGUUUAGCAUGCGAAAACGAAUGGAUGCUAAUGGUAUCAGGCUUCUGCGAGCGUAAUGCUCUUCGCUCAAAGUGCACUGGCAUCCAAAUCUGACAUCCGUUUCAACCAUAUCCAAGUCGUCGGAACGCACAACUCCUACCAUCGUGAGGUCUCACUCGCCGAGCGACCCGUGUUUGAGAAGUACGUACCGUCUCCAGAAGACUAUUACUACUCGCACGCAGAGCUCGACAACCAAUUGGAGUACCAGGCUGUGCGCUCUUUCGAACUCGACUUGCAUUCGGAUGAAAAGGGCGGCCUGUACUAUCCCCCUGUCAUUUGGACGCUAUCAAACUUGACCAAUGCCACCACUCCUUACAAUGGCGACAUCCUGAAGAAGCCAGGUAUCAAGGUGUUUCACGUCACGGACUUUGACCCUGAUUCUGUCUGCCACACCUUUAUCGACUGUCUCAAGCAGUUGAAAAGUUGGUCAGACGCAAAUCCGAGACACGUCCCUAUCACUAUUGAUCUCGAGCUCAAGACCGAUGCGCCAGCAUGUUCGUUAGGCGGUGUCUGCCCAGGCGAAGCGACAAACUGGACGCUCCCUCGCCUCUUAAACGUCGACGCGGAGAUCCUCUCCGUAUUCCCCAAGAAGCAACUCAUUCGCCCCGACGACGUGCGAAAGAAUGGUCUCACUCUCGAGCAAUCCAUCCUGCAACAAGGCUGGCCGAAGCUCAAGGAUGUUCGGGGCCGCCUUUUGUUUUUCUUCGACAACGACCCAAAACCCAGUGACCCCAACUCGCCUCGCGAGCUCUACAAAGCCGGCGCCCCGUCGCUACAGAACCGCACUGUCUUCACCAACGCGCUCGAAGGAUCGCCUGACGCCGCUUUCAUCAAAUAUAACGAGCCGCGCGGCAAUGGCACAGCAGAGAUCCAGCGUCUUGUCAAGAAGGGCUACUUGAUCCGAACACGUGCUGAUAUACCCAUCGAUACUAUCUUGAACCGCACUACAGAGAUGAGGGAUUUAGCUUUUGAGAGUGGUGCGCAGAUUGUUAGUACCGAUUUCCCGGCUUGGGGCAUGAGCAGUCGAUGGGGCUGGGACUAUGUCGCCAGGCUUCCCGGAGGAUUGGCUGCGAGAUGCAAUCCUCUUAUCGCACCGGAAGGCUGCAAGGACAAAGAUUUGGAGUAAAUACUAGACGUCUUGUGACAACUCGUAGAUAUAAUGCGCCUAGAUAAAGAAGCGCGAAUCUACCACCGCCGAUGAUGCAACUUCGAUAAUGAAUAGAUAGGCGAAUGAAAGGCGGCCUCUUCUAGCAUGCUUUAGGAUUCGUUGACUCCAUCGUCGUAUCAAUCACAACCGACCUAUCUUUGGUCCAUAGUCAAAGUGCGUGGGCGUUGUACACAACGUGCACGUACUUCAGUGCCGAAGCGGACCUGAUCACCUCCGGCCAUGUGCGUCGAUGACACAUUCACCUAGACACCAAGCGCACGUAGACAUGUGCGCAAUGAUUGUAUUAAUAGUAACAGGAAUAGGAAUCCAGAGGACGAAGGCGUGUAUAGAGAAAAUAACAGUCU